AUGUCGCAGAACGGAAAAUUGAUGCCGAAUCUCGACGAGAAGACGACUAAGGUGCUUAAUCUGACAGUGCUUCAACGAAUAGAUCCUUUGGUGGAGGAAAUUCUCAUCACUGCCGCUCACGUCACCUUAUACGAAUUCAACAUCGACAACAGCCAAUGGAGCCGAAAAGAUGUCGAAGGCUCCCUUUUUGUUGUGAAGAGGAAUACUCAGCCGCGUUUCCAAUUUAUUGUAAUGAAUCGUCGGAACACUGAUAAUCUGGUGGAGAAUCUCUUGGGAGAUUUUGAGUAUGAAGUGCAGGUUCCGUAUAUAUUGUAUCGAAAUGCUUCCCAAGAGGUUAAUGGAAUAUGGUUCUAUAAUGCACGAGAAUGUGAAGAAGUCACAAAAUUAUUUAGCAGGAUACUUAAUGCGUAUUCCAAGGUUCCUACAAAGUCUAAAGUAUCUUCUGCUAAAAGUGAAUUUGAAGAGCUGGAGGCAGUUCCUACACCGGCAGUAAUAGAUGGUCCUCUCGAGCCACCAUCUUCGACCACUUUCAGUGUCACAGAUGUUUCAGAUGACCCUUCUUCCAUAAACUUCUUUGGUGCAUCGAUGAAUAUUGGAGGUCUGUCCAACUCAUCAAUCCCUAGGAAGCCAUACCACUCCCCUGCAGCCGUUAUCCCAACAUCUCAUCCUUAUACUGGUCCCCUGCCCGCUCUACCGACUUCCCAAACGCACCCAAACUUACCUCCCUCGACCCCUCUAACGCCUAUCGUGGACGGCACUGAACCCAACACUGCCUCCAAGCACCAGGCCAAUCUUGUCAAGCCGUCGACUUUCUUUGGCCCUCCAGCUCCGUCAUCUUCACCAGCAAUCAUACCUCCCAUCUCUUCAUCCGUGCCCCCGACCGGAUCCCAGUUGAAUCCCCCUGCGAGUCUGCAGCGACCUUACGGCGCACCCUUGCUCCAGCCCUUUCCACCACCAACUCCCCCGCCAUCUCUCACUCCAGUUUCUUUGCCGCAGUCAAACUAUGGCUCGUUGAUUAGCCGAGAGAAAGUUGCGGAAGCACUUCAGUCUCUCGUUCAGGAUAAUCAAUUUAUCGACAUGGUUUAUCGUGCAGUGUUGAAUGCUCAUCAGUCAUGA